UUAUGACACUUUCAUUGCGUGUUGGUCCCGCCAAGGACUUCAACUCACCGGAGGACACUUGUGUGGAUCCGAGAGAUGAUAUCAUGGAGGCCCUCACUGAAGCCAUACGAAACAAUGAUGUAGAUCGAGUUCAGAGCCUCCUUGACUCAGGGGAGAUAACUGAUAUAGACGAAGUCUAUGAUGUUCUGACCCCCUUGUGCGAGGCAUGUCAUGUCAAUGCCAGGGACGUAGCACUGCUGCUUCUUUCAUCUGGAGCUAGAGUUAAUGCUCCUUCAAAAAGCCUCGCCAAACGACCUCUGCAUAUUGCUUGUGAUACCGCAGAAGACAGAGUUAACCUUAUUGAAUGUCUUUUGGAGGCAGGCUGUGAUAUAAAUGCCCAGGAUGAGGAUGGUAACACUGCUCUCCAUCUCGCCUGCACCCACGCAAAUUUUGAAGUUACGCGUCUGCUUCUCAACUUGGGAGCAGACGUCACUUUGGAGGAUGUUGAUGGAGAGACAGCCUUACUCCGAUCCUGCUAUGCAGGGGAGGACACCUUGAUACAGAUGCUGCUGGAGCAUGGGUCCGAUCCAGCGCAGAGAAACGGAACCUGUUUGUUGACCUGUAUUUUACGAAACAACUUCAAAGGAGUCUAUAAGCUAUUCAAGCUAUGCCCAGACCUGGAACUGACUGACGUUUGGAUGACGCAGCCAGUGGAACCGAGAGUCACCCCAUACAUGGAGGUGAUGACGGAAUAUGACCAAAGACCUGGUGUCUGGGGAACUGAAAGGUCCAUUCAACUCGCUGAUUUGACUGAAGCAGUGAAACAAGGAGACCAUGAUGCUGUUCGGGACUACUUAGAGACACACACAGGCCCAGAGAAACUAGACUACGUUGUGCCUCUCACAACAGCGUGCAUGCUGGGUAACACGGACAUAGUGAGACUGUUCAUAUCUCAUGGAGUGGAUGUAAGUAAAAUAUCCCGACUGAUCCCAAACCACCAAUCCCACACGCCUGUUAUUUACUGGCCGUUGAUCCAAGCAAGUAGAUCAGGGUCAGCAGAGCUGGUCCAGUGUCUCCUACAGGAGGGUUGUGAUGUCGAUGUUUGGGACCAGAAUGGUGACACGUCUCUCAUGCAUGCAUGUGAAAAGGGACACAUGGCUGUAGCUCGUCUGUUGAUUGAAUCUGGCGCUGACGUGAACCACCAAAAUAUGGAAUACACCUCUCCAUUGGUGCAGGCAACCACGUGUACAGAACCAGAACUGAUCAGACUAUUACUAGAAGCAGGGUCCGACCCAACUGUGCUGUGUGGCGUCUGUCUUCAAAACUGUAUCGUCAAUAACAACCUAGUAGGUGUGGGUCUCUUGUAUACGGUUUACAAAGAUUGUGUUGAUGAUGAUGGUUUGAAGGCCAAACUGCGUCUAUUGACAGCCAGAAAGGAACUGACUAACGUGAACGUAUCCUGGUUGGGUUCAAAUUACUCGACAAUACCUGCUCUGCAUUUUGCGUGUGGAAUGGACAAAGUCGACUCUUGGAAGACUGUUGAGGUUAUUCUAAAACUCGGAGCUGAUGUCAGGGCGGUGCAUGGUGCUGGGUUCAGCUGUUUACAAUAUGCCUGUUCGAGCGUAAAUGUCAGAACCAUACACCUACUGUUGGCCAACGGAGUCUAUUCUGAACGUGUCGGCUGGAGGUCGUUGUGGACAGUCUUCCCUUCACUGUCACGGGAACAUGAACCUGACUACCUCAAGGCUCUGAAACUUCUGGUGAUGGCUGGGUUCAGGAUGGAUGAGGAGUCUGCGAGGGUGUUCAGUGCAGCUGUGGAAAAAUCAGAUCUGUCAGACAAGGGGAAGAUGAAGCUGUCAGCCUUCAUCCAUGAGUCUAGUUCCACACCACUCAGACUGACUUCUUUGUGCAGGAUAAAGAUUCGCCAGUGUGUUCCUGUCAACAUUGACCUCAACAUUGAGAGACUGGAUGAUCGGCUACCAGCUGCAUUCCUGGAUUAUCUGAGGUUUUCUGACGUGUUGGAAGCCAGCUAGUGUUGAUGUUGUUGAUCAUCCUGUAUCAUUACAAAUAAACUCAAAUUGUCAUCUUUA